AUGAACAGAGUCAAGCCACCAUCUAGAACCUGCACAUGUGGCAAUCUCAUAGCUGGGGCAGAUACCCACUCUGAAUGCGCUUCGUGUCUGGGGCUGCAACAUGCCCAGGACGCGUUGGCGUCACCGGCGAGCUGCGAGCACUGUGCACGGCUCUCCCUUAAGUCUCGUCGGCGCAGGCUAGCACGCCAAGCUAGCCUGUCGGAGGUUGAUCCUAUGAUGGGGGUAGCCAAUCCCCCGCCACCGGAGCUUCCUGGUACUGAUGAGAGAGAGCCCACUUUGGCUGGAGCCAGUUGGGGUGAUCAGCUCGACGCUGUCGCGCCACUGACUGACCCAGAAGAAGACGAGGCCGCACUUCCAGGUUUCAGUACUCUUGCUAAUGCCGAGUCCGAAUCUGAAAUGGAGUCCAUCAGUCUCGGGUCUGACGACGACGAGCUGGACUGCGGGCCUUAUGCCAUCCAAAGGGCAGCAAAGAAGCUGGGCAUCGAGUGGCCGGAAACCCUCACCGAAACUACCACAUCUCGAUAUGUGGGGAAGCGGCUUCCGAGAGCCAAAUCUUCCGGCAGACAGCUGUUGCCGGUCUUUCCCGAGUGCCUCGAGGAAGCGACCCGGUCCUGGAGCAAUCCUCUCACCGUCAAGAACCUCGCCCUGGGAGGGUCGGCUCUGGACUGGACGGGCAUGGAGGCCGGUGGUUUUUCACAUCUGCUUCCCGUAGAACCUCUGCUGGCAUCUCACCUGCACCCAUUGCAAAAGUCAGCCAUGACAGCGGCAGGACCCACCCUUCCCUUCAAAGCUGACUCUUUUCAGUCCACUCUGAAUGAGAAAAGCUACAAGGCGGUGGCUGCAUCUGUUAAAGCCUUAAACGCUUCAUCUCUUCUCCUCGCUUACCAAGCGGAAUUACAGGAGCAGAUGACUGGCACACCGAUGGCCGAUUUGUGGGACGAGUUAUGCGUGGUGACAGACCUAUGCCUGCGUCUCCACAGAAGUGCUGUCCAAGCAUCCGGGAGAGCCAUGGCCCUGAUGGUCACUCAGGAGAGAGCUAGAUGGCUGAACCUGUCUAGCCUGUCUCAGAGGGAAAAGAACCAGCUCCUCGACACCCCCGUGGACCCGAAGAGCUUAUUCGGACCCACUGUGGCAGCCAUGCAAAAACGCUGUGAGGAAAAGAAGAGGGAAGGUGAAGCACUAAAGCUGUGUCUGCCCAGGAAAGCGCAGCCUCCUCCCCCUCCAGCACCCCGUGUGACGUUCGCUCAAGCGGCGGCUCGACCGGCCUACUGCAUCCCCAAACGCCAGCCUCAGCUGCAGUCAGCGGACCGUGGGAAACAAACCGAGCUCAAAGUUCGAGUUCUGAACGCCACGUUCAAGGCAACUCAAACGGCCUGCAGAGCCGACGUUGGAGCUCAUCGUUCAGAGCCGAUCGAAGCGGAGGAGGAUCAAAGCCACCGAGAGCUCAGUGGAGCCGCAGCUGUGGCCAGAAAGCACACACCAGUGCACAAACACAUGCCAGUGUCUAAAAACACGACCUUCCCCCUUCACAACAUGUUCAAUAAAGUUGUUUUCUGGCACGCAUCCAGGCCUGGAGCCGAGGGCGCAGCCACAACAAAAAAACAUGAAAAAUAUGUUAAAAAUAACACAAGGACAGGACAUGGCCAGCUGCACAUGAGGCCACAAGGGGGAGCUCUCGCUCCAGCUUUGGCACAGCGGCAGGCUGGAGCUCCCGCUCCACCCUUGCCACAGCUGCACAUGAGGCCUCAAGGGGGAGCUCUCACCCUACCUCUAGCACAGCUGGCUGUUUUUUCUGUGGAAGAAGCAGACCUGGGACGAGCGCAGCUGGCAGUUGUAGCGGAACAGCAGAUCCCUCAGCCGGUGUUGCGCAGUGUUUACACGGAAGCACCUUUAGGUCCACUGGCAAACAACACUCAGCUGUGGCGAGCGUGUGGAGCAUCAGAUUGGGUGAUAAAGACUGUAUCCAAGGGAUACAGGCUCCAAUUUGUGACAGCCCCACCCCGUUUCAAGGGCAUAGUACAGUCAUACGCCCGGGGAGAGUCCGCUCGCGUCCUGCAAGAGGAAAUAAUUUCCCUGCAGCACAAAAGAGCUGUCCGGCUGGUACCGCAGGAGCAAAGCAGAGACGGGUUUUACUCCAGAUACUUUCUCGUGCCGAAAAGGGGCAGGGGUCUGCGACCGAUAUUGGAUCUGCGGGCUCUGAACACAUAUCUGAGACGGUAUUCGUUCAGGAUGCUAACACACGCAGCUCUGAUAAAGUUUGCGCGUCAAGGAGACUGGUUUGUCUCCAUAGACUUGAAAGACGCAUAUUUCCAUAUCCCUCACAGAAAAUACCUCAGAUUUGCGUUUCAGGGAGAGAUAUACGAGUACCUGGUACUUCCUUUUGGCCUCUCACUGAGCCCACGUGUGUUCGUGAAAUGCACCGAGGCAGCCAUCGCGCCUCUGAGGGAAAGGGGGAUGCGUCUGGCGACGUAUAUAGACGAUUGGCUGAUUGCAGCUCAGUCUUUAGAGGAGCUCAGGACGCAUGCCGAGAUGCUUACUUUAAAUCUGACAGCCCUGGGAUUCACAAUAAACUGGGAAAAGAGCAUUUUAACCCCAGUACAAACAAUCACCUUCAUUGGCCUGUCCCUGAAUUCAGUCGAGUUCAGAGCGCGCCUCUCAGCGGAACGAGUAAAAGCCUUUCAGGCUUGUCUGGCAUUCUUUCGCAGAGGCACACAGGUGAAAUUCAGGUUAUGCCUCAGACUGCUGGGUCUGAUGGCGUCUGCGCUGGCGGUCAUCACACUCGGCCGUCUACACAUGCGCCCGUUUCAAAGGUGGGUGGCGUCACUCAGCUUGAGCCCCACAAGCCAUGCUCAACGCAGCGUCCUGGUUUCUCUCAUAUGUGCACGCGCGCUGACCCCGUGGAAGCGUCCCGGUUUUCUCAACACCGGCGUUACCAUGGGAACCAUCCUGACGAGGAAGGUAAUUACCACAGAUGCCUCGCUGACAGGCUGGGGAGCCACUCACGAGGGGAUGAUGGUAAACGAUGUUUGGAGUCCACAAACACAGACAGCUCACAUAAAUUGUCUGGAACUCCUGGCCGUGAUGCUGGCACUGAGACACUUUCUGCCCUUUAUCAAAGGGCACCAUGUUUUGGCUAGAACGGACAACACAACAGUGGUUGCUUACAUCAACAGACAGGGGGGUCUGCGCUCACGUCAUUUACACGAGCUGGCAUACAGACUGAUAAUCUGGACCAGCUCACACUUGCUGUCGCUAAGAGCGACUCACGUGCCAGGGGUAAUGAACAGAGGCGCGGAUCUGCUGUCAAGGGGCAAUCCCCGCUACAAAGAGUGGAAACUCCACAGCGAGGUGAUGACCCAGAUAUGGAAGAGGUACGGCCGAGCGGAGGUCGACCUCUUCGCAUCAGGGGAAAAUGCUCAGUGUCCGAUGUUUUUCUCACUGACAGAGCAACAAGCUCCGCUUGGGCUGGAUGCUCUAGCGCACAAAUGGCCGCCGGCCCUACUGUACGCCUUUCCCCUGCUGGAACUGAUCAUUCCUACUCUCGCCAGGGUGCGAGAGGGAAAACACUCACUCAUUCUGAUAGCUCCCCGCUGGCCAGGGAAACAUUGGCUAGUGGAGAUUUUUCAGAUGCUACACGGCGAGCCAUGGUGGCUUCCCCUCCGCAGAGAUCUCCUGAUGCAGGCACGCGGAGAAAUAUUUCAUCCGCAUCCAGAGCGCAUGGCCCUAUGGGCCUGGCCUGUGAGGGGUUAAAUCUGGCUGCCAGUGGGCUUCCCCAGAGCGUUAUUGACACAAUUCAAAAUGCAAGGGCCAUUUCCACGCGUAACGUGUAUGAGGGUAAAUGGCAGGCAUUCGUGGGUUGGUGCGCAAAACCUAUGGUGAGCGUAAUGCAAAGCCCUGUGUCGGACGUUUUAACUUUUCUGCAGGCACUGUUGGAUAAAGGCUUGGCUUUUUCCACUGUGAAGGUGUACCUGGCUGCUAUUUCAGCCUGUCACGUUGGCUUUGGUGACAAAACAGUGGGGCAGCACCCCCUGGUGUGUCAAUUCAUG